AUGCUGCCGUGGAAGAGGCACAAGUUCGAGCUGCUGGCCCCCCCCGCCAACGCCAGCGCGGCCGCGGCCGAGGAGGAGGAGGCGGCGGCGGGAGCGGCGGCGGAGGAGCGCGGGGCGCCGCAGGGCCAGGGAGGCGCGGGGCCGGCGGCGGCGUCGUCGGAGGGGGCGCUGCUGCGGCGGGUGGUGGGCCAGCUCUUCGGGGGCGGCGGCGGCGGGGGGGGCGGCGGGGGGCGUCGGCGGCGGCAGAAGUUCCGCGUGAGCCGGGAGGCGCCGAGCUACACGGUGCUGUACCUGGGCAACGCCACCACGCUGCAGGCCAAGGGCGAGGGCUGCACCGACGCCGCCGUGGGCCGCAUCUGGGCCAAGAGCGAGGCGGGCCGCCUGGGCGCCAAGAUGAAGCUCACCAUCGGGCCGCAGGGCCUGCGCCUCGCCCCCGCCGCCGCCCCGGAGCCCCGCGCGGGGGGCGCCUCCUCGUCGUCGUCGACGGCCGGGCCGGGCGGCCACCUCUACCUGCUGCACCGCGUCACCUACUGCGUGGCCGACCCGCGCCUGCCGCGCCUCUUCGCCUGGGUCUACCGGCACGAGGUGAAGCACAAGGCCGUGCUGCUGCGCUGCCACGCCGUGCUCGUCUCCAAGGCCGCCAAGGCCCGCGCCAUGGCCCUGCUCCUCUACCAGACCUCCGCCGCCGCCCUCGCCGACUUCCGACGCCUCAAGCGCCGCGCCGACGCCCGCCGCCAGCAGCUCCUGCACGCCGGCCCCGACGCCCUGCCGCCCCCCGCGCCCCUCCGCCGCCUGCUCCUCCUCCGCGGCAGCGCCGCCAACGCCGCCGCCGCCUACAAGCCGCCCGUCGAGCGCAGCCGCAGCGCCCCCCGCCUCGGCGCCAUCACCGAGGACGCCCGCGGAGAGCAGCUCGAGGAGGAGCGCGCCCGGCGCCACCACCGGGAAGACCGCGACGACGACGACGCGCUCCUGCUCCCCCCCCUCGACGGCGCGCCCGCCCUGGGCGCCCUCAUCGGCGGCCUCGACCAGCUGGCCAUCGGCAACGACCCGGCCCUCCUCCGCGCAGACCUCCGCGUCACCCGCCUCCUCUCCGGCGAGAGCACGGGCAGCGAGUCCUCCAUCGAGAGCAACGGGCCCCCCGACGCCGCCUCCCGCCACAGCCCCGAGCCAGACACCGGCUGA